AUGGUAUCGGUAAAAAGCCCUAUUAGUGUGUUUCUCAAUGAAUUGGAAAUACUAAACAAUCAGUUACUUUCAAAUAGUUCCCAGUCUAUACGCAAGAUUGCGUUUAGUAAAUUGAACACGAGUCUUGAUGUUUUGACGAUACAGACUCUGGCAACGAUGGAGGAUAUCGCAACCUUAAAAAAUCAGAUGGAGUUGUUGUUUCAGAUGGUAUACAACAAAGAUUACAGCAGUAACGAAGAUAAGAUGAAUUGGUUUUGCAUCAAUUUGUUUUUGAAUCCAUUUGUUAGACAUCAUCAUGGAGAUCUUAUCAAACUAUUUUGGCCACUAUUGCUUCGCAUUGUCAUUGUUCAAACAGAAGAAAUUACCAGUCUUUAUAAAUUGAUUGACGACGCAUUGGAUUAUUAUUCAUACUCUAGCUGGCUUAGUUCAAAAAUAUUGUUAUCAAUGAGUGAGGAUAUCCAUAUGCUGUUGGUAAUUUCACAAGCCAUCGACAGCAGAGACAAUUUGGCCAAAUUUCACAAACUCUUGAAUGCCAAUAGGAGCUUUUCAACAUUGAUCACUUUGAUUGAGCUCUUUGUUGCGCUUGGUUUAAAAGAGACUUUUUUACCAAAUUUAACAGAACCAUAUAUCAAGUAUAUCUACACAUUCAACCCAAAGUUUAAAAACCUUAUUCAAUGUGCGGUGACGUGCAAGGCCAUGAAGAUGUCUGGCGACACUUGUUAUUUACAACCCAUAAAUAAACAAUUGUUGAAUCUUUGGACUUAUAUUGGAUCCCAAAUUUAUUGCUAUCAUCUUAAUUUGGUGGUUUUUGCAGCAUUAGAAACGCAUCCCGAUAAGAUGAUCAAAAUGAGUUUUGAAUGCAGCAAGGAGAGGCAAACGCGGUCAAAGAGCACAAUGAAAGAAGUGUUGAAGUCCUUUUCAAUUAGGGAUCAUAGAGGACAUUAUAUUUUUGAUACGUCUCUAGAUGUAAAAGUUGAGGAUAUUGUGCAUUACAAUUGGUUGAUUAAUUAUUUGAAAGCACUUCGUUGUAGAAAAAUAUCAAUCAACACAGCUUUAUAUGGGGAUAACCCAGAUUUGAAAGAUGUGAAAUCAAAGCUGAAUUCACCGGUAUUUGAAACUUCACGCGAUGCCAUUUGCAAGCAAUACAAACGGAAGCGACCCUUGAAUAGAGCAAGAUCGCAAGCUCUGAGCAAUAAUACAUUUGAUGAAGGCAUAAGGAAGAAACAAGCAGCAAACACUGAUGUUUUACUUGCUGGACAGCCAAAAAAUAUGCAAACAUUGACGAGUAGUUGCAAUGCAAUAAUGGAUGACAUGGGUGAAAAAAACGACAAGGGAACAAAGAAAUCAGUAAGUGAUAAAGAGGUGAUGAAUUUCUUAAUGAAACCUACUGGUACAAAGAAGGAUGAUUCAUUUAGUAAAACUGUUCCAAAAGUUGAUGUUCGAGGUCAGGCAAAUGAUAUUGUACAACCAAUAGCUAAUGAUUCAUUACCUCAAGGAGAAGUAUUGAAUAGAGCUUUCAACUCACCGCACAUUGGCAACCUAACAAAAGAAGUUCUUGUCGAAACAGAAAAAGGAACAAAAACAAAAACAAAAACAGAAAUAGGAACAGGAACAGGAUCGGGGUUGCGGUUGGGGUUGGAACUGAAGUUGAGUUUCGAGAGUAUUGAUCUGGAGUCAGAGAAUAUCAAAGCUCCAAAAGUGGUACACCGUAGCAGAAUUGUUGAUACACAAGCUCUUAUGUCACCCAAAUUUAAAACAUCAACUCCUACUCAAGCCAAUAAUAGCGGUAUUGCAAGUGCUGACGGCGAAGACGAGAUUACCGAUUUCCCUGAUACUACAGCAAAGACAUCGGUUGAGGAUCAAGGGUCUCCUCGAGUCAAGCCAUUGGAACCCAUUGGUGCAAUAGAUGCAAUGGAUCCGAUGAAUGUAAUGCAUCAAAGUUUAAAGUUGUAUUCAGCAAACUUGAUUAACAAAUUGAAGCUAUUGGAAUACAAAACAUUAACUAAACGAAAUGAAUUGCAAGAUGAGUUGGAUCGAGAGUUUCUCAAGCUUGAAAAAGCGCAAUGUGAAAAACUAAAGCAGAUUCAAGAGUAUUGUGCCGAGGAGUUGGCAAAGAUUUGA